AUGGCGCCCACCCGACUGACUGACGCUGAAUGGCUUCAGCACAAACCCAGCAUCAGGCGAAUGAUCAUCGAUCAGAACUUGACUCAAGAUGAGACGAGACAGCAGCUGAAAGAUGGAGGGAUUGAGGUAACUAAGGCUCAACUUGAAUACAAGUUGAAAAUUUGGGGCUUUCGCAAAAAAGCUCCAAAGGAAAAGAGCGAUGCGAUUUGGCAAUUCAUCGCUCAUCGUGUUGAGAAGAGGAAACGACAACAGAAGGCAAGCGACGUGUUCCUCAACGGGCAACGCGUCGAUCCUGCGAAAGCACGCAAAGAGAUCAACCGACAUCGACCAACUUCCCUCGUCAAACUCAAGCAAGGCCGUAGCUGGAAUGAGCCCGAAAAUGCCCGAGUCAUCGGAGGUAAUCAUUCGCACUCCGGCGUCAAUCCCAGAUAUAUCACCUUUGUGGCCAAGUUGCCUCCCAUGGUUUCACUUCGAGCGCAGUCUUCCCCUCUUGUAGCAUGGGGCCUCUCCACAUUGUCAGUCGCUUCUGGCAACGCACCAACUCAGAUCGUUAUCAGGGCGGAAAGACCAUUUUUACACUCAAUAUCCCAUGUCCAGGGUGGCUUAAACAAGCAAGAUCCAUCUCGGUUAGCUGUCGAAAUCGGCUUGAUUAUGCCAGAAGCUCACAGAGAUGAAAAUGCAACGCGUGCGCAAGUACUAUUGCAUGGAUCAGUAGCCGACGUCACCACCGAGCGUUUGAAAAUUUUGCUCUACCAGGCAUCAAACAAGUUAGCCAAUCCGCAUAUCGACGAUGAGGUUAUCAAAUUACUUGAAGAUUCAGGCAUCAUGCAGAUGCCUCUUCAGCUGGGGAGGAUGAUGGACACGGCACUUCAUUCUAUAGCGGAAAGCCUUUUCCAGCAAGCCCUGAAGACUCUGUACAGCCAACGAGUCAACACAUCAAAAGAGUUCAUGUUGAACGGAUUGCCGAGCUGGAGAGUCAUCAAAUGGCUACUUUCAUCCGGACAAAACCCAAAUGUUCCGAUACAAAUCAGCGUAGGAAAGCACCUCACGCCUCUCGAAGUAGCGGUUGACAUGAGUUGUCUCCCCUUGGUGUCUUUGUUGCUCGACGCGAAGCUGAAUACAACAUCAGCCUACGAGGAUCCCAUGAAUCUUAUCCAGGGAAUUAUCCAAGCAGGUAUCAGCCACACCGAGAGAGUACAACUACUCAAACGUUUCCUCAAAGAUGAAGCAAUCAUCAGCUUUCUCAAAACUGGACGACAAUGGCGUCUGCUGGCGAAUAUUCUUGACGAUAUCCUGCCCAACUUUGAAGCUCCGAGUUUGGAGUUGAUUGACAUUCUCAUGGACGACGGAGCGAAAAUGUGUUUGAAAGGCAAAGAUUACCCUGCUUUGGGCUGGACCUCUUCAAGCUGCAACAUUUUGGGUUAUGCAGCUGGGCUCAUCACAGAAUCCGUGGCUGUGAUCUGUCUGUCGCACUUUUUGAGCAAGGCUCAGCAGUCAGAACCACUUCUCCCUCCGGCUUCCUUCAUCACGCCAGACGUCAUUUUUCAUGCAGUUUUAAGCGGUCACAAUAAGAUUCUUGAGUUCCUGCUUGAGAUUCACGUUGAUCUCACAUGUUCAUAUCAAGGAGUCACUGCUUUGCACGUUGCCGCAUACAGUGGACGCCUUGAAAUGUGCCAAAAGCUUCUCCAACUUGGUGUUCCAGUCGACGGCUAUCUUGAUUUCCAACACCCCCCAACGCCACUACACCUCGCAGCGUACUACGGCCGUCUCGAAAUUAUUCAGCUGCUGCACAGUCAUGGAGCUGAUUUGACCAGAUGUCUGCUGGGCAUGCAGCGGUCACGAAUUGAGGAGAUCGAGAGUAUAUAUACGGAGCGUGCAGCCAGCCCCGUCGGUGCUGUCUUACUUAGCCGCAAUCAUCAAGCGUCAAAGUUCUUUGCCCAGCACGGUGUACCAUUUCCCCCUUGGGCUGCUCACCAUGAAGUAUGUGAACGUGACCCUCAGCCUUACGCUGUGCGAUUAGCUUUGGAGAUGGGUGCUGACCCAAACUGGACGGAAAAUGGCUUCACUGUACUGGAACGCUCUUUGGGGCAGAGAGCAUUUGGGAGUGCGAAAAUGUCCCAAAUGGUUCACAUCGCAAUGAUACUGCUUGAUGCAGGUGCGGCUUUGCGUGGCGGAGAGAUUUAUAGAGCUGUCUUUCUCAACGAUUGGGACUUGGUUUCUCGGCUGCUCGAAAUGGCUCAUUUUGGCACUAGCCAGCAAGACGACCUAAUGUCAAUACUCCAGGCCGCCAUAGUCACUGGCAACCAGCAUUUCAUCGAUCGGCUGCUCGACAUGCAAGGCGACCUCAUACCAAUACUCCAGGCCGCCAUAGUUAAUAGCAACCAGAGCUUGACUGAUCGGCUGCUCGAAAUGGCUCAUUUUGACACUAGCCAACAGUUCGGCCUAAUGUCAAUACUCGAGACCGCCAUAGUCGAUGGCAACCAGCACUUGGUCGCGCAGAUUUUCACACAUUUUCCAGACGCCUACGACGCAGGGGCUCUGUGUGCCGCUGUGCUUUUUGAAGAUCAUGGCUCUGAAACCGUCGAGCUCUUACUUAAUAGUCGUCCAAAAGUCGGGGAUGCGUCUCCCCUUGAGAGCUUGGCCAUUGGAAUAGCAGCUGGGAGAAAACGCGAUGAUUUGCUCGACCUACUCCUCGCUAAGUUACAAAAGCCUUCGCUAGCCGCACUUCCCGAACGCGUUAUCCAUAGUCUCACAGGCUCUGAGCGCGUAAGGGACUUUUUCGACACAUACUAUAUACACCAGCUCAGCUAUCACCGAAGCAUGAGUAGGGCCUUUUGGCGAGAUGAGCCUACAAUCCUUGGUUCGCCCCUGACUCUAGCCCUUAUGUCUGGGAAUCCGCUCUGCCGGCUUCUUGACCAUGGGUUUCUUCCUGACCGGCUCACAAUGUCCAUCGCAGCCAAUCUUGAUAGACACGGUCCCAUACAAAAGUUGGCACAAUAUCGGAUGCUAUCUUCUGGCUUCGACGAUUAUGAAGGGCCACUUGCAACGGCUGUAAGGAGAAACCACAUCGAUGGCGUGAGAUCUCUUUUGGAUGGCAAUUAUUGCGUCAACGAAGACAACAGUCACGUCAGAGUUGGUCGAAGUCCUCUGCAGAUAGCAGUUGAAAAUGGCCAUUCGGAUCUUAUUGAAUUGCUCUUGGGCGCAGGAGCUGACGUUAAUGCACCAGCAGCUCGAGACCGUGGUGCGACCGCUUUGCAACUUGCCGCAAUUCAAGGUUAUAUUGGAGUUGCUAAGAUGCUGAUCGAUCUUGGCGCUGAUGUUAAUACGCCCGGUUCCGGACGCCGCGGUCGCACUGCGCUUGAAGGUGCUGCAGAACACGGAAGGAUCGACACUAUUCAGUAUAUCCUAAGCCAAGGAGUUAAGACAAAGGGUGAAGGGCGGAUUUCAUACCUGCGGGCUGUAAGGUAUGCCGAGCUAGAGGGACACAUGGUUGCUGCGAAACUACUCAAAACUUGGCGAGGAUGGACUGUGGACGACAAUGCGUUGUGGGCCAGAUUGCGCUCCUUGAGUCGAUGGGAAUGUGAGCAGAUUAUCGAGAAAGUUGAGUAUGAUGGGGACUUGGAAUCGGAAUUGGAAAGUCACGGUCUAGAGGAAGUUCAUGGCGGCGAUGGAAUGGCGGACAUUGUUUUUGAUGGCGCCCCUUUCGGCGAUGGAGUGCCGGACGUUGUUUUUGAUGGCGCCCCUUUCGACGAAGUGUCUGCACAUGAACUCUUGGAUACAGCAAACGUCCUUGGUGGAAUGGUUGAACUUGAAGAUCUGGAGAUGAUGACAAAUGACACCUUUGCGUUCUGGUCUGGAUUAGACUUUGGAGUUGACGGAGUUUAG